CACCACGAUUUCUGAAAGGGAAAAAAAAAAAAAUAGCAACAAAAACAAGAAAAAAGGUUACCUCUUUCAAUUUUAUCCCUUGUUGUGAGCUUAAUUCAAUUUCUGCUCACACAUAAUGGCUUGCACGCUCGCUGAUUCAUUACUCCUAUUCAAGGGUUCUUAUCAGAAACCAGUUCUGAGGAGAGACAUUGCUGCCCGGUACUCCCCGGGUAUAUUUAGUCUAAACAGUAAUGGGCUUAUCCAGAAAAGGUUCAGGCGUCAAAGGAAUUUUGUUACUAGGAAUAAGGUUACUGUCAUACAUGCCGUGGCAAUUCCAGUACAACCAGCUCCGGUGGAAAGUGCGGAGUAUAGAAAACAGCUAGCUGAAGACUACGGUUUCAGGCAAGUUGGAGAGCCGCUUCCAGAUGAUGUUACUUUAAAGGAUGUCAUCAAUUCCCUUCCUAAGGAGGUCUUUGAGAUUGAUGAUGUGAAAGCAUGGAAAUCUGUUCUGAUAUCUGUCACUUCUUAUGCACUGGGUCUCUUCAUGAUUUCCAAAGCCCCCUGGUAUCUUCUUCCUCUGGCUUGGGUAUGGACAGGGACUGCAAUAACUGGGUUCUUUGUUAUAGGACAUGAUUGUGCUCACAGAUCAUUUUCGUCUAACAAAUUGGUAGAAGACAUUGUUGGAACUCUGGCCUUUAUGCCUCUGAUUUAUCCAUAUGAGCCUUGGCGAUUUAAGCAUGACAGGCAUCAUGCAAAAACAAACAUGUUACGUGAAGAUACUGCUUGGCACCCUGUUUGGAAGGACGAGUUUGAAUCUACUCCACUUUUGAGGAAAGCAAUAAUAUACGGAUAUGGUCCAUUUCGAUGUUGGAUGUCUAUAGCUCACUGGUUGAUGUGGCACUUUGAUUUGAAGAAGUUCAGACCAAGUGAAGUACCAAGGGUGAAGAUAAGUUUGGCUUGUGUUUUUGCCUUUAUAGCAAUUGGAUGGCCAUUAAUUAUUUACAAGACUGGAAUCAUGGGAUGGAUAAAAUUCUGGUUGAUGCCAUGGUUGGGCUAUCACUUCUGGAUGAGUACGUUUACCAUGGUACAUCAUACUGCACCACAUAUACCAUUCAAAUACUCAGAAGAGUGGAAUGCUGCGCAAGCACAGCUUAAUGGAACUGUUCAUUGUGAUUAUCCUAAAUGGAUCGAGAUCCUAUGUCACGAUAUUAAUGUCCAUAUUCCACACCACAUAUCCCCGAGGAUACCAAGCUAUAAUUUAAGAGCAGCCCAUAAGUCUCUCCAAGAAAACUGGGGACAGUAUCUGAAUGAGGCUAGUUGGAAUUGGAGAUUGAUGAAGACAAUCAUGACAGUGUGUCAUGUGUACGACAAGGAGCAAAAUUAUGUUGCCUUCGACGAACUUGCCCCUGAAGAUUCUCGUCCAAUUACAUUUUUGAAGGAAACCAUGCCUGAUUAUGCUUAAUUAUGCCCAAACUGGCUUUUUUUCUCAUAUGAAAUUUUUUAUGUAUCAAAUUAGGUUCGUAUGCCAUUCAUUUUCUUUUUACAUUUUCGAUCUUGUUUAAUAUAGUUCUACUAGUAUUUUUCAUAUCAUGUAUAACGAAAAAAUUGCUUGCUGCUCUCAAAGUUCACGUAUUAGGGUAAUUAUAUUACCAAGUUGCGGAUUAUCCAAGGUCAAGUCAUCGAGAAGCAUUCAUUAGGUUAAAGUAGAUGUUAUGGUAAUCUGAACAGUGGGGUUCUUGUUAUCACGUUGGAAGAAUAUUAUAUUAUAAAGUUGUCUGAUGGAUAAAAAAGCACGUGGCGUGUGGCACAUUGGAUUGAGCAUACUGAGUUACUA